AUGGCAUUUUUUCGAAACGCGCGAGUAGAUGAGCGACUUGCUGACGCCGUCGAAGACGCUCGCUCCCUUCUUGCGUCGAAGUUCGCGCUCAAGGGCUUCUUCAACACGCUGCGCGUCGAGCUCGGAAUCUCGGAGCCGGUCCCGCCGACCGUCACGCUCGCGUAUCCCGGCGCCGUCAACACGCCCGUGAACAAUGCGCGCCUCGGCACCGGCGACGGCGCGGUCGACCUCGACCUGACCAAGAAGAGCAUGUCGCCCGACCGAUGCGCCGCCAUCAUGGUGGCCGCCCACGCGGUCGGGCGGCGCGACGUCUUCUACUCGAUCGACGGCACGCUCGCUGGCGCCAUCAAGACGCGCCUCCUCCGCCACCUCGCCUUCUUCUUCCCCGCCGGCUCGGACAGGGUGCUCGCCAGGGCGAUGCGCGUGGGCGAGAUGAGCAGCAAGAAGCCGGCGCGACGACAGCUCAUGGCUGUGCUGCGCGGCGCCGGCCGACUCGUCAUCGCGGGCCAGCGCUGGGCUUCGGACGAGGUCGCGCAC